AUGGAGCCCUCACACCUGAUGUCACAGCUGUUGUGCUUGCGCCUUAGCAAUCCGUCGAAUAGCUGCUACAUCAAUGCUUCUAUGAUCACCAUGAUGUGGGCUAGCCUCCAGCGCCGGCAUUUUGCCAUAGAUGAUUGGGGUUUACUUCAGGAAGACCUGAAGCUUCUUUUGGGUAGGGGUGACGAACCCACGCUGGUUCCGGGGAUGUCGUUCUUUGAGCGGCAGCUGCCUGGUUGGGACGGCGCCGUUCAAUGUGAUGUUGUGGAGUUCACACUUGCCUUGAUGGCACGACUUGAGCCCACUGUGUUCCAUGGUCACUGGGAGCGACGCUACCAGCGAGAGAACGGCUAUGUGAAAAGGUAUGCGAGGGAAACUGGAGUGUUUGCACUGAGGCUCACUGUAAUGCCACACCCACACUGUGAGUUGUACCAACUAGUUGAGAACUGGACUCACGACUCUGGCAUGCUGGCUGCAUUUGUCCAUCUCCCGAUGUUGAUUUGCAUCCAACUUGAUCGAGCCCAUCCCACGCCAGGUGGCGGGCCACGGAAGAACCUGUCGAUCGUCACCUUUGAGCACUUGUUUCGCGUGCCCAGGUUCAUUGGAGACGCGAUGCCCGUGGAGCAUCAUGACUACCAAGUUGUUGCUGCAUGCACACACUUAGGACACUCAGGUGCUGGGCACUAUCGUGCCCUACUGCGCUGUGCAGAUGGCAACGGCUGGAUGCUUUGUGAGGACGGUGAAGCUCCUUCCAGGAUCCCCCAUGUUUGUUUGCUUUGGGCGGUGCGGCUCAGCGCCCUGUCCACCGUGGAGAGCGAGAAGGCUGCUGCCUCUGCGGCACCUGCGCUGGGCGCUGGCGUCUUGUGCCUCCCUGAUGAUGCGGCCAUUGCUGCAGUGGCACUGGCUGAAGGUUCCGACACUGUUAUCGUCGAUGCCAGUACUGCUCAUCGAGUGGCUGAAGGCUAUGGUCUUAUGAGUCUUAUGAGCAUUUUGAGAUUACUGGAGCAUGCAGGCAGCCAAGGCUGGCAGUAUGGCUUUCCGGAGAUGUGCAAAGAGCAGGCUGAGGCCAUUGCAAAGUCGAAGCGAAUCGCCAAUCCCGGCUGCUAUCCUACAGGAGCGCAGAAAGGUUAUGACGAUGCGAAGAAGGCAUGUUAUGAAGACCAGGUCAAACCAGAGGUGCAGCCUGAAUCCAAAGCGCUGCGGAAGCCAGUGCCGCGGGAGGCCUUAAAGCAACUACCUGAGCUGCAGCUGUCUGAUGGCUGCUGGGAGUCCUCCGAGAAACUGGCGGAAGUGUUGGGUCUCCAUAAGUCAGCUCUGGAGAUCCCUCGGAAGCCGGAUAAACCUGUGCCAGCUUGGAGUACGAUUGUAGCCACGACGCUGGCUUGCCAGGCCUUGCAACGUUGCAUCAGCCUUGUUGGCGAAGAACAUCAAUUUGCUGCAGCUGGGCGAAGCGAAGCGAUGGCGGUAGCCUCGGAACAUUCUGAUCUCGGGGACAAAUUGCUGGACAAAGCUGGAGAAUGGCUGGAAGCUGCAUGGGAGAAGGCGAGUAGCCUGGUGCGACCACGUCAGCGCAUGGAGCUCGACCUCAAAGUAAAGACAAUAAUGCAGGAGCAGCUCCCUUUGCUGCAGUGGAAGGCACAGCUUAAAGCCAAAAUGUCCAUUCACAAGACUUGUGCUGUUUGCGGCAGCGAGUACACGGCGGCUGUAGACAAGUGCAUGAAAUGCUUUCCGCCUGAACAGCCCAUCCAUGUGGACUCGGAGCAUGACAAGUGGCGGCUCUUGCCGCCGGCACCACUGCAUGUGGACUGGAGGCAGUGCGAAGGAGCGCUGCACCUGGAGGGUGGCUCCGGUGGUGUGACCUUGCUUCGGCUGCAGGAAGGUGUGCUGGUGCUGAAGAAGCAGAGGAUGACUGCAGCCGCUGAGUUUUUGGCAAUCCAGGUCGCAAAGGCUGUGGGCAUCCGCGUCGCAGACAUGCGAUUGAUCUCCUGGGCUGACCCUGAAUAUUCUGAGAUCAAGGAGGCAAUUCGCAAGACCCCAUCCUUUAGCAAGAAUCCCUUGCUGGGAAUCUGGAGGAGCACGGAGUUCUUAGGCAUCCUAGAGUACAUCCCUGGAUGCACUGUUCAAGGUCCAGAAGUUCAACGGCGGCUUCAAGAGAUGCAGCCAGACUCUUUAAAGACCUUCUGGUUCCAGGUAGGUGAGAUCGUUGCAUUCGAUGCCCUGAUAAACAAUGUCGACCGCGUCCCAUUGCUUUGGGACAAUGAAGGAAACACUGCGAACCUCAUGGUGCUUGACGACAGUGCUGCCUCACAAAAUGUCAUAGGGAUUGACCAGGCAGUUGCAGCCAUUGUUGCUGCAGGUCCUGGGAGGGAACGCUUCUUGUCACGCCUGAAAGAGCUUGCAGAGGCGCUAUUUUUGCAGAGAUGGAAGGACUCUCCAUCGGUCUCCGCACGUUUGGACCGAGUUGCUGACUGCUUUAUGCUUAGUUGUGGCGUCCAGGUGGAUAAGAGCACUUUCAUGGCUGGACUACUGAAGGGUCUCACCACUGUGGCAGAUCUCAUGGAGGCGGGCACGCUGGCCUCCGCGCUGGAUGAAGCCAUUGCGAAGGCCGAAGAGAUCUUCCGACCGGCCACAGUGGAUACAGGCCACAAGGAGCUGCCGUUGAUGAGAGACUUUCUCCUGGCCACAGCGGACACAAUCGUGGCUGCCAGGCGAGCAGCUUCUGCUGCGUAG